GUCAAAUUGUCUUAUAGUGAUCCAUAAAGUAAACGAAGGGUCAUAUUCAAAUGUUUUAAUACUUUGGCUAAAAGUCUCUGCGCUCUCUGUGCUUCUGAUGGCGCAUCUGGUGGCUGCAACUCAAUAAGCAAACAUCGCUUUCCCUUAAUUUAUAAUAACUGGUGAGCGAAUGAAGCCGUUGGUUACAUUCCCUGGUUACUUGUUUUUGAUGUGCGAAUUAAGACUUCCAACGAACUGAUCUGAUUGUCCUAUUUUUCGAUGAUGAGAAGAAACAAAAAAAAAAUCGUCAACAUCAUACCAGCUAUGUCCGUGCAAGGAACUAAACAAAAUUAGCAUCAUGUUUAGGACAUGAACAUUUUUCUUUCUUUUCCAGUAAUACACGUACCGUUCGUUCAGUAUUAAAAGUGCUGCUUUUAAGUGACGUUGGACUGCCAAAUAGGUUUAAAUACAAUGCAAACUUACUCUGUAUAUGAUGGAGUGCAGUGUAUAUACCAUAUAUGAUAACCAACCCAAUUGUGUGCUCCUAGGAGACUAUGGCUAAAGUUCAGGCAAAUUUUCCAUAAAAGUACACGUCGUACUUGCAUAAGAACUCUACCUCUGUCUAAAUAUUUAAUUAAGGCUUCUUCAAUCGAUGCGAUUUGCGUUCUUUAUUCGAUUUAACUUAAGAUGUGUGGCUUAGAAAAACGAUGACGCUUUGGUUCAAUGCGUUUGAUCUACUCGUAUUCGUGUGUGUUUCUGGAAAAGAUUUCUAUUCCUAAUUGCCAAAUGAACUUCCCCCCAUAUUUGGAAACGAAAUAAAAACUAGUAAAAGAUCUGCAUUAUGGAAGUGGCAGUUUCAGUUCACACAAAUGGGUUAAACACUUGACAGACAGUUAAAUUUUAACAUAUAAGCAACAUUAUGAUCUUAAAGAUUAUAUGCGUCAAGCCGGUGAAGUUACAUAUGCUGAUGCUCACAAACAACGUCGCAAUGAAGGUGUUGUUGAGUUUGCUUCAAUGUCGGACAUGAAAACUGCUAUUGAAAAAUUAGAUGAUACAGAUUUGAAUGGUCGUCGCAUACGAUUGGUCGAAGAUCGUCGUGGAGGACGUAGUGGUGGUGGUGGUGGAGGUGGACGUGGAAGAUCUCGUUCAUCAAGUUCACGCUCUCGAUCCCGUUCCCGUCGUCGUUCUCGCUCACGCUCUCGUCGUUCUUCACGUUCUCGCUCUAAGUCUCGCAGCCGUUCUAAGUCCCGUGGAGCACGUUCUAAAUCAAAGUCACCAAUUAAAUCUCGUUCGCGCUCUCGUUCUAAUAAAUCACGUGAGGUUUCUAAAUCAAAGUCAAAGUCUCGUUCACGCUCACGUUCAAUGAAACGUGAUUCCCGCUCACGUUCACGGUCAAAUUCUAAACGUGAAUCACGCUCAAGAUCAAGAUCCCGUUCAAAAUCUCGUAGAGAUUCUCGUUCACGUGAUCGCUCUGUCUCUGCAGAUAACAAGUCUCGUUCCCGAUCCCACUCCGUUUCACCUAAAAAUGGAAAUGCAUCACCAGAUAGAAACGAGAGCAUGGAAGAUUAAAUAUAUGAACUAUUUUAACAAAUUCAUUCUUUUUUGAACUUUACAUUUUUAAUAUUUAAAUAUGUAAUGUAAAAUAACAAGUUAUAAUUUUAAUAUUACUAUGAGCGAAAAGUGUGUGUCGCCAUAUGAGAUAAACAAAUAAUAUUGAUUAUUCUCAUUAAAACUGUAAC